AUGGCCGCGUCCACCAUGUCCAUCUGCUCCAGCACCUGCACCAACUCCUGGCAGGUGGACGACUGCCCAGAGAGCUGCUGCGAGCCCCCCUGCUGUGCCCCCAGCUGCUGCACCCCGGCUCCCUGCCUGACCCUGGUCUGCACCCCAGUGAGCUGUGUGUCCAGCCCCUGCUGCCAGGCAGCCUGUAAGCCCAGCCCCUGCCAAUCAGGCUGCACCAGCUCCUGCACGUCCUCAUGCUGCCAGCAGUCGAGCUGCCAGCCGGCUUGCUGCACCUCCUCCCCCUGCCAGCAGGCCUGCUGUGUGCCCAUCUGCUGCAAGCCUGUGUGCUGCAAGUCCAUCUGCUGUGUGCCCACCUGCUCUGGGGAUUCCUCUUCAUGCUGCCAGCAGUCUAGCUGCCAGCCGGCUUGCUGCACCUCCUCUCCGUGCCAGCAGACCUGCUGUGUGCCUGUCUGCUGCAAGCCUGUCUUCUGCAUGCCCAUCUGCUCUGGGGCUUCCUCUCUGUGCUGCCAGCAGUCUAGCUGCCAGCCAGCUUGCUGCACCUCCUCCUGCUGCAGACCCUCCUCCUCCGUGUCUCUCCUCUGCCGCCCUGUGUGCAGGCCCACCUGCUGUGUGCCGGUCCCCUCCUGCUGUGCCCCCACCUCCUCCUGCCAGCCCAGCUGCUGCCGCCCGGCCUCCUGCGUGUCCCUCCUCUGCCGCCCCGUGUGCUCCCGCCCGGCCUGCUGCAGUCUCUCCUCAGGCCAGAAGUCCAGCUGCUGAUGGCCAUGUUCCCCAGGGCCAGCCGGGCUCAGGCCCCACCUCCCUGCCAGUCCUUGGACCUCCCACACCACCCAGCCCCAACACAGCCCAACCACAGAGAAGGAGCAGCCCCACCCACAGCCACCCAGCCCAGGGGUGGG